GAGAAGGGCUAUGGAUCGAUGAAUUGGCAGCACGACUGUCCACUUCUACGCGGUGCCUCAUGACAAUGCCAUCACGAUGAUCCCAACUCUUCAUUACAUAUCUUCGUGUCUUCAAAAAAGCUUGUCGGGGAGGUCUACAAAAACCCAUUGAUGAUGCAUCACUCGGGGAAGCAAUUACCCCAUUCGGAAAAAACGUUCAAGAUGCCUUACUAACGCCUCCCGACCAUAACUCUCGCACCUUUUCCCACUUCCCUGCUUUUACAAUCGAAACCUUACUAACACCACUUUUUAUCUUACUAUACGGAGCCGCGUCUCAAUCUAUUCACGAUAACGAUCGAUUUUCCAACACCAAGAAAAAUGCCUCCACGCAAAUAUAAACCCAAGCCACCGAUCUCCGCAUUGGAUGAGGCGGCUGCACAGCACCGUAGAGCUCAAUCUUGUAAAGCACAACGAGCAUAUCGACAGAGGAAAGAAGAUACGAUAGCCACGUUGUCGAAACAGAUGCAAGGUUUAGAAGCGACGAUAGAAAGAUUGAGCACUUGUUUCUUGGGAUUGAACGAUAAGAUCCUGCGACAUUUGGGGAAGGUGGAGGAUGCGGUGCUAGCGGAAGAAAUCAGAGAUUCGAUGAAAGAGUUUAAAGGAAUCAUCGAAAAGGGAGAUGUUGAAGAGGUCGAAGAGGAUGCAUCGCGGGUAAUGAAUGGGCAACUUGUCCAUCGUCCUCCAUCGACGAUUUCGAAAUCUGGAAACAAUAAUAUCAACGAUAAUGGCAUACCGACACCCCCGGAUACUGGACUUGCAACAGUUACUCAAUUGCCAUACAACACCAUGCCAUCUUCUCAACUUCAACUCCAAACUACCUCUCCACCACAAGGUCAAACCGGCAGUACCAUAUUCUCCGGCCCAGCUUUCUACGGCCUGACCCCCCAAACCCUCCCCUUACACCCUUCCACACCAUCUUCAUCGGCGGAAUCCCUCGCUCAUAGAAUCUACACCACUACCAUCGCCAAAGCCUUUGCUCUCCUCCAGACUCACUCCGACGAUGAUCCAAUCUUCCGGCGUGUGUUUGCAAUCUAUUUUACUGCGUUUCCCGAGGCACAGGUUAGAGGGGAGGUGGCGAGGAUGAUGAUGAGUAGGGACGAUUGGAAUCCUUAUUACAGACCAAGAGGCACGGAGCAAGGGUGGUGGUCCGCUCUACAGGUUGCGACCUUCAUCUGCAGUAGAAAUUGGGUAUUUGACAAAGAAGGAGAUAAAGUGUGUUUGGGAAGGGAAGGAAGAGGAGGUGUUGAAGUUGCGGUUGAGGAGUUUUUGGAUGAAGUUCUUGUUGAUGCGAGGUGUGCUUGGGAUACACCAGAGUAUAGGAAAGAUACUGUGGUGAAGGUUGUGUUGGGUAUGAUGGGUUGAUUAAACAUCUCACUCAGCAUAACGCUUCCUAUUA